AUGUCUGUAAUGAGCCAUCUUUCUCAAGGAAACAAUUGCUGCCAUCUCUCAGAUGAUAGUGCAUUUAUUGAAAGAACACCCUUCAUGAUUGUGACAGUAGGAGCCAUCAUAUUAUCACAGACUAUCAUUGGAGUAUUGGGCAAUUUCUCUCUUCUUUCUGCGCAUCUGCUCCUUAGCUGCACUGGAGCACGGCUGAGAGCCAUAGACUUGAUUCUCAUGCACCUGACUAUUGCCAACUCCUUAAUUAUUCUCUCAAAUGGAGUCCCCCAAACAAUGGCAGAAUUCGGGAUCAAACAGUCCUUCAGUGAUUUAGGAUGCCAUCUUCUGUCCUAUAUUCAUAGAGUGGGCAGGGGUGUGUCCAUGGGAAACUACUGUCUCUUGAGUGUCUUCCAGGCCAUCAAGAUUAGCCCCAGAGACUCCUGCUGCAAGCAUUUGAAAUUCAAAGCACCACAGUAUGUCACUUUAUCUGUUUCUCUCUCCUGGAUCCUCCACAUGUUUGGCAAUUUAUUUUUUCCUCUGCACAUAUUGUAUGUAUCUAAUACAUGGAGCUUGAAAGACAUAAGUAAACAAAACUGGGGGUUCUGUCAUGUAACCUACAUUGACAAUGUCUCUGUGCCAGUAUAUAUCACAUUAAUUGCAUUCCCUGAAAUUUUAUGUACAGUGCUUAUAGUCUGGACUAGUGGUUCCAUGAUUUUAUUCCUGCACAGGCACAAGCAAAGAGUCCAACACAUUCACCAAAAUCAUGCUUCCUCCAGAAUCUCAGCUGAGAGGAGAGCCACCCAAAGAAUCCUUGUUUUAGUGAGCUCCUUUUUGUGUUUCUACUCACUGUCUUCCCUCGUUCGAAUGUGGUUGGCUCUAUUUCCUGAUAAAAAUAGAUGGUUAUUUAAUGUUGGAAUCAUAAUUUCUCUGUGUUUUCCCAUUGUGAGUCCCUUUUUGGUUAUGAAAGAUGAUGCCACUGUAUUCAGACUUUCCUUUGUUCUGAUAAUGAAUAGAAUAUCCCAUAAUUGCAACCACAACUAG